AAAUUCCUCAUCUAUCAGUGAGACCGAAGAAGAAGCCGAAUCACAGCAGAGAGAUCAAGAAAGAGAUUAUCACUGAAGCCGAGGAGGAGCAAUGUAUCCGACAGGUCAACAGAUUUCGUUUCAUGCAACUCCUUUGGCUGUUCAAGAUCCAUCAAAGAUGAUGCUGGUGGAUCCAAAAGAAACAAACGGAGGAGGGAUUUCUCAAGCAGAGUUUGCUUUGUUCACUUCCAAUAGGAUCCAGUCUGAUCUUGAAGCCAUGGGUAUCAAACUCAAACAGCACGAAGAUAGCUUGAAGUUCCUCAAGGCUCAGAAGAACAAGUUGGAUGAGUCUAUCCUCGACUUGCAAGUUCAUAUGAGCAAACUUCAUCAGUCAGGCACUCCUAGAAGCGAGAGCAAUGACACCAGUCUUCAAGGUGAAGACAUCACUGAACAGAUUCUCCGGCACGCAAACUCAGCGGCUGGAGUUUUAAGUCAUGUUCAGUCUCGUCACUCCUCGCAGGCUUCUCAGUUGAAUUCGAUUAAAGGUGUAGUUGGAGUUGUAGCCAAACUCGGGAAAGUCAAUGAUGAAAACUUGAGCCAGGUUUUGUCGGAUUAUCUAGGGACUCGUUCGAUGUUGGCACUUGUAUGCAAGGAUUACAACAGUGUUAAGGGUUUAGAGAGUUAUGACAGCCACGGCAAGAUUGAUAGAAAUGGUGGCCUUCACGGGCUUGGCUCUUCGAUUGGCAGAACCAUCGAAGGCCAUUUCGAUGCCAUCUCUCUCGAAAAUCUGAGACCGUAUAUUGGUCAGUACAUAGCUGGUGAUCCACAAAGAAGGCUUAAUCUUCUGAAACCAAAACUUCCUAACGGCGAGUAUCCUCCAGGUUUUCUCGGUUUUGCUGUGAACCUGAUACAAAUCGAUCCAGCUUACCUGCUAUGUGUCACAUCAUAUGGAUAUGGUCUUCGUGAGACCUUGUUCUACAGUCUCUUCUCCCGUCUUCAAGUGUACAAAACAAGGGCUGACAUGAUUAGUGCCCUCCCAUGCAUAAGUGACGGUGCAGUAUCUUUGGAUGGGGGAAUACUCAGAACAGGCGGGAUCUUAACACUUGGAAGCAGCGAUGAGGGGAACGUGAGGUUUGCAAAGCCAACUGCUUCGCAGACCAUGAACAACUUUAGUGAGGCAGAGAGGCAAAUGAAAGAGCUGAGACAGAAGAAAGAAAAAACGCUGGAGGACAUAAAGCGAGCGCAAGUGCUCCGUGACCAUGCUGUGUACAACUUUGGCAAGAAGAAAGACGAGUUUGUUCGGUUCUUGGCUCAGAGCUCAUCCACUAAUAUGAGCCAAUGAUAGUCUACUCAAAUGAAAAGAGAGCAGGCCAAGAAUCAUAUGGAGCUCUGAGUAACAAAGACUUAGUAGACUGGUUUGGUUAGCUUUGAUUCUGCAUUUCUAGUUUCGAUUUAACUUGACCAUGUACAUAUAUGAUGGAUGUUUUAGUUUUCUAACCUAUUUACGACUUUCGAGUUCUUUAUGUUUCCUAUCUCUUGUUUUUUCUGGAAUCUAUAUUAUAAUAGAAGAAAUUUAACUACAAAG